UUACAGCGUGUUUUGAGAGUGUUCAGUUGAAUCUGGAGGGUUUUGAACUUUCAUUUUUUGUCUUUCAAACCUUUGUCAGAUGUUCGAAGGCAAAAACUUUUAGAACUUAUUUUUCGUAAUAUUUAAAUUGAUUUUACAUUUCAGCUGCUUUUGAAUUAGAAUUAAGUUUUAUGGAAACAUGAGUUCUUCAGAGCUGAGUGAUCUCCACAAGAUUUGGCUUAAAUUUUUAAACACAACUAAAACUGAAGAAGGUGAAGUUUGGCUUGAUACUUUUCUAGCAAAGUACUUAGAAUUACUUUGUAAUAGCAGUAUAGAAGAAAAUCAGCCCUUUAGUUUUCAAUGGAAGAGUUCAGGGAAUAUUCUUGCUCAUCAGCUGCUUUCAGAUAUGUACCAGCUUUGUGAGUCUGUAAAAACCAAUUCUUCUUCUGAAUCUGAUCAUUCAACAAUUUCUGAAACUUUUCAAAAAUAUUUGCUAGAAGGCAGAGGUUGGAAAAUAUUGUGGACUUUAGAUAGUAUUGGAUUACAAGAAGAAGCAGUGUCCCACUGCAAUCUGGUCUGGCUUCUUGUAACAGGUCUCCUGGAAAUAUUGGGCUUUCUUCUUUCAUCGUCUAGUUGUACCUUCGGAUCAAGAUAG